AUGGAGGUGAAGCAGGAGGUGAUGGAGGUGAAGCAGGAGGUGAUGGAGUUUGACGACCUACUGACCCGCAUUGGCGCUAGGAUCACCUACCAGGACACCAACUACAGGCGCUCUAUUCCAGCUGAAGAGCGCCUGUCCAUCUGUCUGCGGUUUCUUGCCACUGGGGACUCCUACAGGACCAUUGCGGGGAGCUUCAGAGCGGGCAUAUCCACCGUCUCCAUGCUCAUCCCAGAUGUGGUGGCAGCCAUCUGGGACUGCCUCGUGGAGGAGUUCAUGGCUGUGCCUGGAGCAGAGGAGUGGAGGUAA